AUGUCUGUGAGCUCAGUAUCGGAGAUUUACCAGAACACAACUGCACAAGGGAGCGACACAACGGUCCCAACGGCCAACAUAUUAUGCACCCUGAUCCUUCUCAUCACUUUUCUCUUUGGUCUCGUUGUAAACGUGCUGUACCUUUGGAUUCUUGGGCUCAAGAUGAGCAAGAGCGUCAACACCGCUAUGAUUUUUCAUUUAAUUUUGGUUAAUUUGGUUUUUACAAUGACCAUGCCGUUGCUGUCGGUGUAUAUGUUAACAUUCCCCCAAUGGAUCUUAGGAGACUUCAUGUGCAAGCUCGUUAAUUCACUGCUUUCUCUAUGUAUAUACACAACAGUGUUCUUUCUCACAGUCAUCAGCCUCGAUCGCUACACUUUGGUCUUCCACCCAGUCUGGUACAGGGGACACAUGAACCAUCGUUAUGCCUCUGUAACCUGCAUUUUGCUAUGGGGGUUUGCCGCGUUGUGCAGCUCCCCAUACUUUGCAUUUCGGCAGAUCCGCCUGUUGAAGGACAAUAAAACUGCCAUUUGCUACAACGAUUACACACUUUCUGGGAAAUGGGACGGUGAGCUAUUAAAGUGGUUCAUGUUUGGUUUCCGUCUAGUGUUGGGCUUCCUAAUUCCCUUAUCUGUAAUCUCCGUGUGUUAUCUCAAACUCGCUCUCAGGAUGAAGAAAGAAAAUCUGGCCAGGUCAAAUAAACCUUAUAGGAUUAUAUUUAUUUUUAUUACAUCGUUCAUUAUGUGCUGGACUCCAUAUUAUCUGUGGUAUGGGAUGAGCAUGGAGCAGGAGAAGUUUCCUAAGGCCACUCUGAACGUAUUGAUGGUCAUGACAAUAUGCUUGAUCUGCCUUUAUUAUUGCUUCACCCCAGUACUUUACUUGUUUGCUGUAAAGAACUUCAAGAAAGAGUUUCGGAAAUCAAUAAUGUCCCUAUUUGAGUCAGCGCUCACCGAAGCCUUCCGCUCGUGA